AUCACCAUCUAAUGAAAUUGCAGUGAAGUGUAUGAUGUUGCAGUGUAUGUGUACAUGACCUGCACGAGAGAGACCAAAAUCUCGCUUGUCCAGGCACUACAAAUUUACCAUACGUUUCAAGAGAGGAAAGAAAACCAUAUUUGAGUUGAGGAGGGUUUAACCCACAAAGCAAAAACCCUAAAUUCAUAAGCCCAGAACCCUAGAUUGUCCCCGAUGACGAAGGUCUACGGCACGGGGAAAUAUGAUUUCCGGCGUCACAGGGUGGCUGAGUACCCGGUGGCAGCGGAGUCGAAAGCGGCUGCUCCAAAGACAACUGGUGGCGGUGGUGGUGUUCCCAGCACCAUCACUCUAUCAGAGAUUCAGCGUGACCGGCUUACGAAGAUUGCAGAGGAGAAUUGGCUGAAAGGCGGUGAUGCGGCGAGGGAGAGGAAAAAUAAGGACUUGGAGCCUGAGCUGGUUCGCAAAAUCUAUGAAACUGAACUGUUGGUUAAAGAAGGUUCGAAACCCGUUCCCUUGCAGCGCGUGAUGAUCCUUGAGGUUAGCCAGUAUCUGGAGAAUUAUCUCUGGCCUCAUUUCGAUCCUCUCGCUGCCACCUUCGAGCAUGUUAUGUCCAUUAUCCUCAUGGUCAACGAGAAGGUCUCAUUUCUCUUCUCUCUUCUCUUCUUAUGUUCAUUUAUUCAUUCCGCUAUAAAUUUCACUCAUGUCAUCGUGUGUGCCUUGCAGUUCCGAGAGAAUGUUGCCGCUUGGACUUGCUUCCAUGAACGGAAAGAUGCUUUCAAAGGCUUUCUUGAGAGAGUUCUUCGCUUAAAGGAGGGACGAGAACUAAGUAUUGCAGAAAAGACGAAUUACCUAGUUUUCAUGAUAAAUGCUUUUCAGAGUUUGGAAGAUGAAGUUGUUAGCAGGACAGUCUUGAGAUUGGCAAGUUUGAAAUCAUGGUACAGUUUGUCUUAUGGUCGUUUUCAGUUGGAGCUUUGUCUUAGUCCGGGUUUGAUCAAGAAAUGGAAAAGGAUGAUAAAAAAGGAACCUGUGAAAGGAGGAUCUCAUUUAGAUCCCUCAAAUACACCUGAAGUAAUGUUUGUGAGAAACCUCAUAGAAGAAUUUCUGGAGAUACUGGAUUCACAGGUAUUUCCCCAGAAACAAUUAUCUGGUGAGGACGAUGAACUUAUUGAUGCUACUGGUUUGGGGCUAGUUAAUGAUGCUUGUGUUUUGUAUUGUGAGAGGUUUAUGGAAUUUCUAAUUGACCUCUUGAGUCAACUGCCAACGAGGAGGUAUUUGAGGCCUCUGGUGGCUGAUGUAGCCGUAGUUGCCAAAUGCCAUUUAAGUGCACUCUAUAGGCAUGAAAAGGGGAAACUUUUUGCCCAGUUGGUUGAUUUAUUACAAUUCUAUGAAGGGUUUGAGAUUAACGAUCAUACUGGCAUCCAGUUAACAGAUCAUGAGGUUCUUGAAUCUCAUUACAGCCGAUUGCAGUCAUUCCAACUACUUGCUUUUAAAAAGAUGGGAAAGCUGCGGGAACUUGCAUUGACUAACAUUGGUUCAAUUCACAAGCGUGCUAAUCUAUCCAAGAAAUUGUCUGUUCUUUCUCCGGAGGAGUUAAGGGACUUGGUUUGCUGUAAGCUCAAACUGGUCUCUAAAGAAGAUCCCUGGUCAGAGAGGGUUGAUUUUCUUAUUGAAGUAAUGGUGUCCUAUUUUGAGAAGCAGCUAUCUCAAAAAGAAGCUAUUAAUGCUCUUCCCCUAUACCCAAAUGAGCAGAUAAUGUGGGAUGAAAGUGUUGUACCUAGCAUAAAUUACUCUGGGGAAGGUUGUUUAGCAUUGCCAAAGCUGAACUUACAGUUCUUAACACUUCAUGAUUAUCUUCUUCGGAAUUUUAAUCUCUUUCGACUUGAAUCAACAUAUGAGAUACGUGAGGACAUUCAGGAAGCUGUUCCACAUCUUCUUGCAUAUAUUAAUAAUGAAGGAGAUACUGCUUUUCGUGGUUGGUCAAGAAUGGGUGUGCCAAUCAAAGAAUUCAAAAUCACUGAAGUUAAACAACCCAACAUUGGAGAAGUCAAACCGUCAUCUGUCACUGCAAAAGUUACUUAUAGCAUUUCCAGCUAUAGAGCACAGAUUAGAUCAGAAUGGGAUGCACUCAAAGAACAUGAUGUAUUAUUUUUACUAUCUAUUCGUCCAUCAUUCGAGCCUCUUAGUGCAGAAGAAGAAGAUAAAGCUAGUGUACCACAAAAGCUUGGCCUUCAAUAUGUACGAGGAUGUGAAGUUAUUGAGAUUCAUGAUGAGGAAGGAACCCUCAUGAAUGAUUUUUCUGGAAGGAUUAAACGUGAUGAGUGGAAGCCACCAAAGGGAGAGCUGAGAACAGUAACUGUGGCUUUGGAUACUGCACAAUACCACAUGGAUGUCAAUAACAUUGCUGAGAAAGGGGCAGAAGAUAUUUAUGGUACAUUUAAUAUGUUGAUGAGGAGGAAGCCAAAAGAAAACAAUUUUAAAGCCAUCUUAGAAUCCAUAAGGGAUUUAAUGAAUGAAUACUGUAUUGUUCCCAAGUGGUUGGAAAAUGUUUUUCUUGGUUAUGGGGAUCCUUCGGCAGCGCAGUGGACUAAUAUGCCUGAUUUAUUGGAAACAGUUGAUUUCAAAGAUACUUUUGUUGAUGCUGAUCACUUGACAGAAAGUUUUGCAGAUUAUGAGGUGUCUUUUGUUAAUCCUGAUGGCACAGAAAACUUGAAUCCAAGGGCUCCUUUCAAGAUCAAGCUUCCCCGAACACUCAAAACAAGCAGUGGUGCUCUUACUGGACGUGCAGUGUCUACUGCUGGUGCAACAAAUGGUGUUAAUAUGGCUGAUGGUAAUCAUCAGAAAGAAACACUAAUUAUUGAGACAUAUACUCCUCCAGAUCCUGGCCCUUAUCCUCAAGAUCAGCCUAAACAAAAUUCAGUUAGAUUUACACCCACACAGGUUGAAGCAAUUAUCUCUGGCAUUCAGCCUGGUCUAACUAUGGUUGUGGGGCCACCUGGUACGGGGAAGACUGAUACAGCUGUACAAAUUCUGAAUGUUCUUUAUCAUAAUUGUCCUUCUCAGAGAACCUUAAUAAUUACUCAUUCAAAUCAAGCACUAAAUGACCUGUUUGAGAAGAUAAUGCAGAGAGAUGUACCUGCACGUUAUCUUCUUCGACUUGGUCAAGGAGAACAAGAGCUAGCAACUGAUCUUGAUUUUAGUCGGCAAGGUCGUGUUAAUGCAAUGCUUGUGAGACGGUUAGAAUUGCUGAGUGAAGUGGAGAGGCUGGCAAGAUCUCUUCAAUUGCCAGAGGAUGUGGGUUACACAUGUGAAACUGCAGGAUACUUUUGGUUGCUUCACAUUUAUUCACGCUGGGAACAAUUUCUUGCUGCUUGUGCUGAGAAUAAAGAAAAGCCAACAUUUGUUCGAGAUCGUUUUCCCUUCAAAGAGUUCUUCUCUGAUACACCACAUCCUAUAUUUACAGGAGAGUCUUUUGAGAAAGACAUGCGGGCUGCUAUGGGGUGCUUUCGUCAUCUUAAGACUAUGUUUCAAGAACUUGAAGAGUGCCGGGCAUUUGAAUUACUUAAGUCAACAGCUGAUAGGGCUAACUACUUAAUGACCAAGCAGGCUAAGAUUGUGGCGAUGACUUGCACUCAUGCAGCUCUAAAGAGGAAAGAUUUCCUUCAGUUAGGUUUUAAGUAUGACAACUUGUUAAUGGAAGAAAGCGCACAAAUUUUAGAGAUUGAGACUUUUAUUCCAAUGUUGCUCCAGCGGCAGGAGGAUGGUCAUGCACGGCUUAAACGAUGCAUCCUGAUUGGUGAUCAUCACCAGUUGCCUCCAGUUGUGAAGAAUAUGGCUUUUCAGAAGUACAGCCACAUGGAUCAGAGUUUAUUUACCAGGUUUGUCCGCUUGGGCAUUCCUUACAUUGAGCUAAAUGCUCAGGGAAGAGCCAGGCCUAGUAUAGCUAAACUUUACAAUUGGCGAUACAGAGAUUUGGGAGACCUUCCUUAUGUGAAGGAGGAAGUCAUAUUCAGUAGGGCAAAUGCUGGAUUUGCUUAUGAUUAUCAGUUAGUGGAUGUUCCAGAUUACCUUGGUAAAGGGGAGACAACUCCAUCUCCUUGGUUUUACCAAAAUGAGGGAGAGGCAGAAUAUGUUGUCAGUGUCUAUAUAUACAUGCGUCUGUUAGGGUAUCCUGCAAAUAAGAUAUCAAUUUUGACUACUUACAAUGGUCAGAAACUUCUCAUCCGUGAUGUUAUAAAUAGGAGAUGCGUUCCAUAUGACUUCAUUGGUCCUCCAAGCAAGGUUACUACAGUGGAUAAGUUUCAAGGUCAGCAAAAUGAUUUUAUAUUGCUCUCUCUUGUGCGUACCCGAUUUGUUGGUCAUUUACGUGAUGUAAGAAGAUUGGUGGUUGCCAUGUCACGUGCUCGGCUUGGUUUAUAUGUCUUUUGCCGUCGUUCCCUUUUUGAACAAUGCUACGAGUUGCAACCAACAUUUCAGCUUCUUCUUAAGAGACCUGAUCGUCUUGCCCUUAAUGUUAGUGAGAUUACAUCAUAUACUGAACGAGAUGUUGGAGAUCCUGGACCUAGACAUCAUGUACAUCUUGUCAGUGGCGUUGAGGAGAUGAGGAGUAUCAUAGAUGGGCUGUAUGAGGAAAAGAUGAGACAUCAGUUUCAGCAAAAUGGGCCUUAUUUUAGUCAUUCAGAACCUUCAGAAAAUACAGAAGAGGUGCAAAGUGGGCAGCAGACUAAGGACACUGAUAUGCCUGAACAAGCAGCGGAUCCGCAUGAAAGUAAGGGAGCUACAACUGCUGAUAACCAUGUGGCUGGAGAUAUGGCUCCUGAAAACAGCGUGGAGGAUGUUACCAUGGUUGAUAAUAGUGCUGGUGUUGCAAAUGGGAGCCCAACAUUGUAGAAGCCCUUCAAAUAAGACAGAUGUAGGUGCUGCUAAGUAAGCAUUAAUUGCAUAUUUAUUUAUUUAUUUUUCCUGAGUUACAUAUCCAUAGGUCGUGCAAUUUCUUUGUCCUGAUAAAUCAAUGCCAAAUAGACAAGAUGUAGCAGUAACAAAUACGGUUUUGGAUGUUCUGAUGUGGAAGGUCAGGUGGAGGAAUUCAUGUGUUCUAUUAACCAGUUGUUGUUUGGAUGGCUUAUUGUUCAGGUGCAAGUUUGUCGUCCAAAUUUUUGAUAGACUACGAUGAAUCUACUGUAGAUUAAAUGCUACAUGAUUACGAAUUCAAUGUUCAGAAUCUGUAUCUUUGUCCCGCUGGAAAGAAGGGCAUGCUGAUCUCAUAUUUUUCCAUACAUUAAUAACCGACAUCAUUGGAGUAGGAUAAGACGGUGUCUAGGUAAUGUCCUUUUCAUACAGAGAAAAAAACUUUACUAGGAGGAUUUAAAUGUGAAAGACUACCCCCAAAUGUUGCUGUUGUGGGGGGUGGUAGGUCUCGAAGAAAAGCAUUAGUUGCAUUUGCUGAUUAAGGGUGUCAGGUGUCACUAACUCCCAACACCCGUGGGCAUGGUGAAGUGCGGAUAAUAGUGGUAAGAGAAUGGAAAUAUGAUAAAUACUAUGCCAACAAGUCAAUCGAGCACUGUAGAAAGGGCUGGUUCUGUACAGCAAGGAAUGUGGAGGAGCCAAAUUUACACAACUGAGACUUUCCACGAAAGCUUGCGUUCCCUAAAUACAUUUAUCAAGCUGAAGCCGCCAACGGUUUUUCUGUGAUUUUAUUGCAAAUUACCCAAUCAAUUCAUCACUAAUUAACGUUUACGCGGGGGUCGAGCAAUUCUUUUUCUUUUUAAAUUUUCAAUUUUCUGGUUCGGAUCGUUCAAGUUUAUUGUGUAGAAGAUCGGUAUCGAGCUCCCAUUAUUAUUUGGUUUAGUUUUAUAGCAAGUUUGAGUAAGUUUC